UCCUCCCACCUCUCCAUAUAAAUCAUUAUCACAAUGAAAGUGUAGUAUGCCAAACCAUAUUCUUCUUACUAUCUAGCUAGUACAUCUUGGCUUCACUCACUCACUCACUCAUUCAUUUGCUUGUGAAGCUUCUCUAUAUCUAUCAUCAUUUCUAUAGCUUUGAGAGUUAAUAGUUUUCUCCUUUCACUUUUAUCAUCAUCUAUCACACAUAUAAAUUAAAUAUAUUGUUAUUCAACUACUACUACUACUAUAUUAGAACCUUAUCUUAUUAUUCUCCUCCUUACUAUUCACAACUAUAGUUCUUUCUUCUUAUUUAAUAUAUGGAAGAAUUAAAGUUGAGAAUAAGAAAGUAUGAGGUUGAAUCUGAUGGAGCUAAAGUUGAAGAACUUGAGAGAAGAUGUGAGGUAGGGCCUUCAGAAAGGGUCUUCCUCUUUACAGACACUAUGGGUGACCCUAUUUGUAGGAUCAGGAACAGUCCCAUGUACAUCAUGCUGGUAGCAGAAAUGGACAAAGAAUUAGUUGGAGUGAUUCAAGGAUCAAUAAAAGUGGUAACAAUUCAUAACCACCCUCCAAAAGAUUUGGCUAAGGUUGGUUAUAUUUUAGGCCUAAGGGUUUCACCAAACCAUAGAAGAAGAGGGAUUGGAUCAAGCCUAGUGGUGAGGCUAGAAGAAUGGUUCAAUUCCAAUGAUGUUGACUAUGCAUACAUGGCCACAGAGAAAGACAACAUUGCCUCAAAAAGGAUCUUCAUGGAAAAGUUCACUUACACCAAGUUUAGGACACCAUCAAUAUUAGUCAACCCUGUGAACCACUACGAUCUCCAAAUCUCAUCCAACAUUGAAAUUUCAAGAGUCAAGAUUGAACAAGCUGAGUACCUCUAUAGAAGGUUCAUGAGUUCCUUUGAGUUCUUCCCCAAUGACAUAGAUAACAUUUUAAGAAACAAAUUAAGUUUGGGAACAUUUGUGGCCAACUUCAAAGAAGAUCAUUUUUGGGGUGAUUUUGGGUCAAAUGGGCAUCAGGUACCAAACUCUUGGGCCAUGCUUAGUGUAUGGAAUAGUGGUGAAAUAUUCAAAAUGAGGCUUGGAAAAGCAACUUUUAGUUGCUUGUUAUACACAAAGAGUUGGUGCUUGAUUGAUAAGAUUUUCCCAUGUUUGAAAUUGCCUACUUUGCCCGAUUUCUUUAACCCUUUUGGAUUCUAUUUCAUGCAUGGUGUGUACCAUGAAGGUCCAUUCUCAGGUAAAUUAGUAAGGGCUUUGUGCCAAUUUGUGCAUAACAUGGCCUCAAAGUCAAAGGAUGAGAAUUGCAAGAUCAUUGUGACUGAGGUUGGAGGGGGGAAGGAUAAUAAUAACAAUGAGCUCAACCAUUAUAUUCCACAUUGGAAGUUGCUCUCUUGUCCUGAGGAUUUGUGGUGCAUAAAGGUUUUGAAAAAUCAUCAAGGGACUACAACAACAACAAACACUUUCCAUGAGUUAACCAAAUCCCCACCAAGAAGAGCACUUUUUGUAGACCCAAGAGAAGUUUAAAUUAAAGUGUUAUCUCAAAAGAUAAGUCUAUGAUAAAAAAAAAGGAGUAUAAUAAAAGGGGUGGAGUAGGGGACCAGAACCAAAAAAACCCUACAAAAUAUUUUGACCAUAAGCUUUUUCUUUCUUGUUUUGUUAAGUAAUUUAAUAAAACCUUUUGUUGAGGUAUUAAAGAGAGAAAAUUUUAAUUAGUUGAAAUAAAAAAUGUUAUCUCUCCUGUAAAAAAAAUAGGGUA